GAGGACGAAGGUGCCGCGACAGCCGAGCUGCCCGCGCACAACCGCGAGGUUCUGACAGCAGCACGAGCAAUGCGAGUCAAGAGUUGCGGGGAAACAGACUAAAUAGCAACACCUCGAGUCGUGUAUCGUCUUGUUUCAACAGUGGUUUGAACAGAAACACAGCGAGCAUGUCGGUGCUAGCUCUGCAAGAGUACGAAUUCGAGAGACAGUUCAACGAGGACGAAGCCAUCCGAUGGAUGCAGGAGAACUGGAAGAAGUCCUUUCUCUUUUCUGCACUCUACGCUGCCUUUAUCCUCGGCGGCCGCCAUGUCAUGAAACAGAGGGAGAAGUUUGAGCUGAGGAAACCGCUGGUGCUAUGGUCACUCACGCUUGCUGUGUUCAGUAUAUUUGGUGCCAUCCGUACUGGAAGUUACAUGACGUACAUCCUGAUGACGAAAGGGCUUAAACAGUCAGUAUGUGACCAGAGCUUUUACAAUGGGCCUGUCAGCAAGUUCUGGGCAUACGCCUUUGUACUUAGUAAAGCACCAGAACUGGGUGACACUCUCUUCAUCGUCCUGAGGAAACAGAAGCUCAUCUUCCUCCACUGGUACCACCACAUCACCGUGCUGCUGUACUCCUGGUACUCCUACAAAGACAUGGUGGCCGGCGGCGGAUGGUUCAUGACCAUGAACUACUUGGUCCACGCCGUCAUGUACUCUUACUAUGCCUUGCGGGCGGCCGGCUUCAAGGUGUCACGCAAAUUCGCCAUGUUCAUCACACUGACCCAGAUCACCCAGAUGCUGAUGGGCUGUGUGGUCAACUACCUGGUGUACUCGUGGAUGCAGCAGGGCCAAGAGUGUCCAUCACACAUGCAGAACAUUGUGUGGUCAUCCCUCAUGUACCUCAGCUACUUUGUGCUCUUUGUCCAGUUCUUCGUCGAGGCCUACAUUGGCAAGUCCAAAUCAACUGCCUCGGCUGUCACCAAAAAGAAGGAGUAAACGAAUGCCAAAAGUAUGGGAAGAAGGGAGAUGAUGAAGAAAAAAUGUUCGGAGAGCAGGGACCAGUGACUUGAGAGAAUCUGUUAGGGUUUUGUAAGGGUUUUGGGAAUCAAAGAUGGAUGAUAGAGAGGUUGCAUUGAGGCUGACGGAGUGGGGUGGGGUGGGGUGGGAGGGUCAAGAGGAUGGUGUUUGUGCUUGAGCAUUACUAUUAAUGUGCAUAUCUAAAAUGCCUCAAUGGAGGUGACAUCUCCGUUGAGGGAUGCUGAGAAAGCAGCGCCAUGAUCAGAAGCCAUCACAAGUUGUCCCCCUGAAGUUUAAAAGCCCCUUUUUGAAUUCACGGUGAAUACUUUUUAAAACCUAGAAUAUAAGGACAAAAUCGCCAGAUUUAAAAAAAUAAUAAAAAAUAGAUCUGCCACAAGCAUAUGUUUACUUGGUAUUAAAAAAGAGAAAUUAAUCGGUACAUAUGAAGAUGGAUAGCAUCGGUGUAAACUUGAGCCAUCUGAGUAUGUUUAUGUCCGUCUGUCGUCAGUGUUUGUUGUUUCGUUUUGAUCUGUCAAGGAAAACGUUGGAGACACUGGUGAGUUUGUGAAGCGGAUGAGUGUUGGUGGUUGUUGUGAACUGACGGGGUGAACGGCACUGUAUCCUCUGUGUCUUACAUUGCAAAAUGCGAUAUUUUCUCAGGUCUUAGGCUAUCUCUUUAUAAUAUAAUAUGCAUAUCAAGACAAAGUAGACAUGUUUAAAAUCAGCACCGGUUUACAGUAUGGCUAAAAUUCAUCCAGUAUGGCUGCACAGUUGAAGAAAGUAUGAAUGAAGCUGAUUGGACUACCUGACUCAGAUGGUCACCCUGCUUCUGGGCAUGAUGGGAAACAGAUGCUGACAGUGCCCUCCUUCACCACUUGUCAUGACCUUGCAAAAGUUGCCGACCACACUUGGAAAAUGACUUGUCAUUGAUUUCCAGACAUUUAUCUGUGUUAAAAGGUACCUACCAGUGAAGAAAAAUUGUCUGUUGAACACAGAAGGCUUAAAUGGAGGACAAACAUAUUUAUAUUUAGCAAAAGAAAAAAAAUGCAAAUUGUUAAAAUCUGCUGUAUUGAUUUUAAAAAGUAGUAUGUAUCCUUAAUGGUGUCUGUUGUGCUUUUGUGCAUUUGCACUGUAUCAAUGUCAAAAACAAGUGUUGCUGAAAAACUUAAUGUAUGAACAAAGAGUGCAAAAAUGUGACAUGUG